AUGGGAGACUUCUACCAGUUCGCCCCAUUGUGGCAUCUGUUCAAAACCGUUGUGCUCCUCGAAGACCAACUCCGGGCACGCAACGAUCCCCAACUUCGCGCACUCCUGGAUCGAGUUCGUAACGGGCGCCAGACGCAGCAAGACCUCGACUUGCUCAACGAAAACAUUGUAGGACGCUCCCAAAUCACCUUCCACGAUGGUUUGCGUGCUAUAACGCCACUGAACCGCACCCGCUGGGCCCUCAACAUGGAAGCUGUCGUGGGCUGGGCGCGCUUCAACAAGCGGCAUAUCCGGAUCUUUGUCUCGACUCACACCUGGCGCAACGGCACGCUUUCUCCAAACAUCGUAGCGCGAACCAUAGGACAAGGUGACGACUCCGCUUGCAAGGUCCCCGGCGUCUUCUUCUACGCCCAGGGCAUGCCUGUGGUUGUGAACAAGAACAUCUACACUGGCUUGAAAGUUGUGAAUGGGGCCGACUUUACUGCCGUGGACGUAAUACUCGAUCCCAAUCACCCAGGAUACCACUUGGCGGAUGACGUGACCAUCCACUUCGGGCCACCGCUCGGCAUUCUUCUGCAGUCCGAGGAGACGAAGGCCUUGGCGAUACCGUCCUCCCGGUGGGGACGGUGCGAUUUUACGAGCCUCUAUGUGCAACUGUCCAGGUGCACCUCGCUUCGGGGCAUCAAGCUUCUUGGUCCUGUGAGACAGCAUGAUUUCAUUGGCAAUGGGCUGGAUCCGGCCAUAAUUGAUGGAAUGCAGAGACUCAAGAACUUGGCCGCAGAAACGAGACGGUUAUACGAGGACCAGGGUUUCGAAAAGUAG